GAUAGUCCUCGAGCUCCAGGGCAGAUAGUCGUAGGCUCAUAAUCUAUUUAUUUUUCAUCGCCACAUUCCAGAGUUGUGAAUUCAGAAGAAAACAGAAAGAACGUAGGUAGUGAGUGAGUAAGUGAAAGAUGUCGAACGCACUUAAGAGCGUGAAAGUGGCUCCCAACUCUGCGACUCUGGAGGAGGCCAGACACCGCGUCUUCGAUUUCUUCAAGACCGCCUGCCGAUCCCUCCCCACUGUCAUGCAAAUCUACAAUCUUGAUGACGUCGCUUCCAUCUCCGAGCUUCGCUCCACCGUCGCUUCCGAGAUCCGCAAGAACUCCCACGUCACCAAUCCCAAGGUGAUUGAUAUGCUGCUGUUCAAGGCGUUCGAAGAGCUGAAGAAUGUUGUGGAUCAUGCAAAGCAGAGGCAUCACAUCAUUGGUCAGUAUGUUGUUGGUAAGGAAGGGCUUGUGCAUGAUAAGGCCACGAAAGACCAGGGCAUCUCACCUUUCCUAAAGAAUUUCUACAACAGCAACUACUCUUGAAUUUCGGUCAUGAGUUGUUCUGUGUUUUCCCAAACUCAAAUAAGAAUUGUCUGACUGUUUUAUAUGUCAACACUCGAUAAAGACUGUUUUUGGAUCAACCCGCUGUACUAGUUAUUCCUUGGUAAAUUUGAGGAAGUAAUGUUUUGCUGAUUGAUGUGCACCAUUGCAUACUGCCGAAAGUAUUGUCAUUUAUUACAAUUUAGCAUUAUCUCAGACGGUAAAAAUUCUUCCAAGUGAGUCUAUUAGCAAAGUAGUAUGCCAAUGCCAUGGUGUUAGGUUCUUACAAUUUGUAGUUAAUUAUUUGGAAUACAUUCUUGGAAUUACAUUUCCUUGAUUGCUA